UCUAGCCUGCUAGGUCCUGUGGCUGGCUGCACCCUGGGCGGCCUCAGCUGCUCAAGCCAGAGGAUUGACUUCCUUCCCAACCCCCAAGCAGCUUCUCGAGUCGGGGAGAGAGUGGACACAGGGGCUUGGGGCUAGGGCGGUCUGCACCAGGCUACACAAGCCUAGCCCCUUGCCCACCCCUGAUCUCUCAGUAGCCAUUGCCCCCUCCUGGGCCCCAGCCAUGAAACCGCCCAAGGGGGCCGGGAACUCUGGGUUCAAUGGGCAGCACCCAGAGGAGAACAUUCAGGUGCCUUCUCGGCAGGAGGUAAAGCAGACCCCUGUGAUCAUGGCAAUGAUCAAAGGUCCGGGCCCGGCUAAGUACCUCCGGCCAUCCUGCACGGGCUACUCACACCACGAUAUCUCCAUGUUCCAGGAGCCAGCCUACACUCUGCAAACCAGGCACUCGGAGAAGCGGGUCAUGGACAUUUGCAGUCCUGGGCCUCGCCAUUUCUUGGAUCCCAAAAUAACCCGGUUUGGAAUGUCCAGCUGCCCACAGGUCCUCAUGGAGGAACGCCUCUCUAACCUGCGUGUGAGCCCCAACCCAGCCUCCUGCCAUUACUCCUUGGAGAAGACCCACCCACCUGGGGAACACAGGGCUCCCCAGUAUGCUUUUGGCUACCGGUGCCCAUACAGAGUGAUGGACCCCAAUCCAGCCCCCAACCGGUAUCAGCUGCCACUCUUGCUGGGUCCCAACAACCCCGUCAGCCGAGCUGCCCCUUGCUAUAGUUUGGCCUUGGAACAUAAGAACUGGUUCUACAAGGAGGAUGUGGCAGGAGGCCCUGGGCCGGCCAUGCACGCCCGGCCUGAGCCCUCCGUGUAUCAGAACCGUAGCCCUGACUACAGCAUGGCCAAGCGAUUCGCCUACCCAAUGGACCACACUCCUCGGCCCGGCCCUGGCUCCCACGAUGUCCAGCAGGUCUGGGUGCACAAGCCCCGCACCCCUGCAUUCACCAUGGGCAUCAAGCACUCACCCCACCUAUGCCCGCUGGUCAUCAACAUUCACGAUUAAGGCCCCUCCUGGGGCCCUCACCCAUCUCUCCCCACAGAAUUUAUUUUUAUAUGUGGAACUGAGCAAUUUACCAAGGUUUCAAGUAGUUGAGCUGGUGCCUGCUGUGUCUAGCACACAGAAGGCAUUAGAUAAACAUUUUCACUUAUUUCAUUUUUUGUUUUGCAAACACGGCUGCUUCCUUUGGGACCUGCUCUGGGUGAGGGGCUGGGAUCCUGGGAGGCCAUGUAGGGAUCCCUAUCUGGGGAAGGUCUGUUCCAGUUCAGCAGGGAAGGCAGCCAGAAGCCCUGGGAAGACUCUGGUCGGCUAGUCCGAACUCUGCCACUAAAAUGCUAUGUGGCCUUGGGCAGUUCCUGUCCUCUGGGCCCCUCAGGGCUGCCCGUGGGACAAUGAGGGGGGAAUGUAGUUCUGGAGCAUGUCCAAGUUCCCUCCAGCUCCGCAACGGUGAGACUCUGGUCCCUGACAGGGGUCACCAUGCGAUAGAGGAGCAGGACAGAGGAGGGAGGGGUCAUCUGGUUGGGGAUGAGGGCUGAGGGGUUCUUUCCUGGCAGAGGGACGCAAGAGGACAAGUGGAGAUGCUGUGUAGUGGGUGUGGGGGGUGUUCUUGGUGUCGGUAAAGAUGAGAACAAAGACAGGCACGUGGGACCAAAGUGUGCAGGGCAGGACCCCGGGGCAAGCUCUGAGGGCAGGAGCCGGGCUGCAGGAGGCUCUCCUUAGAAGACCAGGUCGUGGGCACUUGGAGGGCACUCUGGCUUUGUCCUCAGCAUGACAGGGCUAGAUAAGAUGUGUGAUUUUCGGGAUUCUUUGGGCAGUGAGAGAGGGUUGGACAGA